AUGGGUGCCAAAACAAAGGAAGAGGACGACGAGGUGGAAGAGGAUGAAGAGGAGGAUGUGCCUAAGAAGACCGGCGAGUCUGCCAAGGAGGCAAAGCAUCUCGACAGUUUGACAGAUGCCAUCGACGAGGACAAAACCACGUCUUCCAAAGUUGAUGCUAAGGAGGUCCAAGCGAAGCUGGACGAGUUCAACAAGCGCAAGGAGGAGGCUGACAGAAAGCGAGCCGAGAGAGAAAAACAGCUUGCUCAAGAGAGGAUCAAGAAAGAAGACUUGGAUUUGAUGUGCUCUGAGUUGCCGCUUUGUGACCGGGACGUUCUCGAUCGUUUGCUGCGAGUGCACCGCGGCGAUCUGAAAGAAGCACUUCGGUCAGCUGUCAGGAGCUUCCCUACAAACAGCGCCUGA